AUCAAGGACACUCUUCCGCUCUCUUUCUGGGAUUUGGCACUUGACAGGAGGUCGUUAACUUUGUUUACUCUCAGACAAUGGAAGUGCCCUUUCUCCAAACUCCAGUGAGCAAGUGCGACACAGGGACAGGGGCGCAAUUUACUGUCCGCUCGGCCAGCUCUCCCUCGUACAGUAUCACCCGCAGACCAGGUGUCAGGAGAUCCAGAGGUUUUAUAGAGGAGGUGAGGGAGGGUACUGAAGGAGACGAAGAAAGAGAGAGACGUGGGACAGAUCCUUACACAAAUGGUACGAAUAAGGAAAGGGAUGGAGUCUCUAAAUAUCAAGACAGCACUGGUGGUCGUAGCAGUGUUAAAGGUCAGUGUGAGGAGAAGGAACCAUUAGGCCAUGAAACGUCCACCAAGCUGAACCAGAAUGGCACAGGAGACAAAACGACCACAGAGUCCGGCACCGACAGAAGUGAAAACCCUGCGUUUGAGAGUCGAGGCAGGACAGAGGGGAGGAGAUACAACCUGUCCAGCAGAAGUAAAAGUUUGGAUUGGGGAGACGAGGCGAAGAUUCCUGUCCAGGGAACCAGAGCUGACAUGUUGUCAACCAGCAGAGGAGGGGACUUCACUAAGCAACUUGGAGGCUUCGAUGAAAGACGGGCUGAAGCUGUGAGGAAUAGGUCGAUGACUUCAACACACACCUACAGCUCUGCAGGUCAAACCAAUGAUGUUCAGGACAGGAGCCCGGUGAGUCACCUGAGCCAGACGUUGGUCAGGGUCAGCAGGGGUAAUUCUCUCCCCUCCAGGAUGAGGUCCCAGUCUGGACCAAGCUCCAGGUUCACAGAGAAGGCUUCAUCACUCGGGCCCAAAGGAGGUCAGAGUAUAAUGGAGAGGAUAGAGAAACUCUACGGAACUGCUGGUGGCAGUAAAGCUGAGGAUAACAGCAAAAUUAGGGACUUCUCCACCUUUGCUACAACUGCAGACUCCUUAAUUUCAUCACACAGGUCAUACGAAAGGGGAGCUGGGGGGACCUUCCCCAGGGGAGGGAUUGAUUUGGCUGAGAGUGAAAGAAAGGGGACGGAUAGCGGAGACAACCUUUCUGAAGAUUUUGGCAAAUAUUCCAAACUCAAGAGUUCACUUGAAAUCACUCUAAAUGGAGGACGCCGUCAAGCGUUUUACAUCGAUGAGACGGAUUUCGCCAAAGUCUCAAGUCCUGAAGAAGCAAGCGGGAAAGACAUGACAGCCAACAAUACACCAACCCUGCUACUGUCUAACUCCAGUGACAUAUCAACUAAUGUGGCAUCUUCACCGGUUAGUGAUGACCAGACGCCGACAAACACCCCCAUCCACUCACCUGUUUAUUCACCUACUGCAGAACCAGAAAAGACCUCCCCCAUUGCAGAUAGACAUGACAGCACUUCCGCCCCCAAAUCUCUUUAUCCAGACUCCUCCCUUCGGCCUCGUCCCCUCGCCACCUCCUCCCACAGCAACCUCCAUGAUCUCGUAUCUUCAGAGGUCACCACCGCCCAGCAGAGAGGGAGGAAACCAGUGCUGGAACUUGACUCUUGGGUAGCAGGCCUGAACUCAGCCAUCAAGGUGUGGAGUGACGAUGAAGAUGAUGAGGAUGACGACGAAAGCACGCAGAGGGAUGAAGAUUCCAACUAUGAUUCAGAUUCGGGAGAGUCUUCUGUGACCGUCACCAGCAACAUGAGCCAGUCAGAUAACAGGAGCUUCUGCGUCAGUCUUUCAGAUCUGUGUAGCUUUGCUGGGGUUGACUACGAGUCAGACAACGACAGCGAUGAGUGGCCGUCGAGAGGUCGGAGGUCGGCGUCACUGAGCUCAGAUGUGUCGGCUCUGUCCUGCGUGUCAGUGAUGCCCAGUGAGGAGCUGGACCGGCUGCUGGAGGAUGUCCGGAGCCUGGGGGACAACACCCUGCAGGACUAUGAUGAUGUGCAGGUGGCUGUUCUCCAUAAGGAGAUGGGAGUUGGACUGGGCUUCAGUGUGGCAGGAGGCGUGGACCAGAGCAAGCCUGUCACUGUCCAUAGGGUCUUUCACUCAGGCGUGGCAUCUAAGGAAGGCUCCAUCAUGGAAGGGGACCAGGUCUUGUCAAUCAACGGCACAGCGUUGAGCGGCUACACCCACUGGGAGGUUCUGAGGGUGCUGAGAAGGGCAAAGGCUCGUGAGACCGGAGUGGUGGUCCUGAGGAGGGGAGGCAUUAAUGACGUCUUCAAGAGUGGAGUGCAGACAAGUACUCCGGGACCAACACAGACCCAGAUCACCUUUGAUGGUCAGCACAUGUGUGUUUCUCUGGAGAAGAACAGCAGGGACCUGGGCUUCAGUCUGGAGGGAGGUGUAGGCUCCAGUCUGGGGAACAGACCUCUCACUGUACAGAAGAUCUUCCAGGGCGGUCCAGUCGACAAGGUGUGUCCCGGCGAUGAAGUCCUGGAGAUUGAGGGUGUGAGCGUGGUGGGGAUGAGGCGUCUGGAGGCUUGGACCUUGAUCAGAAAACUCCCCUCUGGUCCCGUGGACUUGGUACUGUCCCGCCCUCUGAAACAUCUGGAAACGUGAGGGUUAUGGAAGCACAGUAAAGUUCAGGGAAUGAUGAGGGAUAGUGUCUUGGAUGAAACACGACGUGAAUUACCUGGGAUAUUUGGGCCUUUGAAACAAUACAACAGUUUGUUUACACAGAGAGUUUAAGCCCAAAAUGAAGCAUAAUUUUAAAGACGAGGGCAAAAGUAUUUAUUUUUCUCUCUUUUACUGGAUCACAUCUACCUCAAGGCCUGUGCUAUUCAUGUAUAAUAAUUAAAAUGUACUAAUGGCUCAUGCGUUUAUCAAAAGGAACCAAUUUUUAUGCCAAAUACUGUACUGUAAAUUUAAAUACACGUUGUAAC